UCUUCAUCCUUUGGCAACGCAGAUUUUGCAUUUUUUCUCUCUACAAUUCUUAAUUGACUUUCAAUUUAACUCUGCUCUGCUGUGCUAAUCUAUAUAUUGUUCGAAGAGGUUUUUAAUUUUUUGUUAAAUGGAAGAAGUGGUGAGGAAACGAUUCCGAGAAGAUUUGGAUGAGGCGGAAUCAGAUAUCGAUUCGCCGGCGGUGAAGCGGCUGAGGGAGGAUCUAUUGGACGGUGUUGACGACGACUCUGAUUUCAGCACUUCGACGCAGGAUCUAGACUCGUUCAUGAAGAGCUUUGAAGAGGAGAUCACUGCCUCGCCGGCUUCCGGUCUCAUCGCCGGAGCGGCGAAUAGCGGAGUCAUUGAUUUGGCGACGCAUCCCGGAGAUUCUCAGCAAGAUCUAGGGUAUUUAUUGGAGGCUUCCGAUGACGAGCUAGGGAUUCCUCCUCCGACGGCUUCUCCGGUGAACGAGUUGAGCACUGAGUUGGUGACAGUUGAGUCGGACUCGUCUGAGUUGCGGGACGAGUUUUGGGAAGCUCCGGGUUACGAUACUUUCGGGUUCGGGUUUGGGCAAGUUGAAAAUAGUAACGGUGACUAUGUGGCGCUGGACGGUUUGUUUGACUAUUCGGAUAUGGGAUUCGGGUCGGGUGAUGUUUCGUGGAGACCCGAAACGUUGCCUGCCCAGUAGUUUUGUCCCCACCGUAAUAUGCUACUGUUAGGGUCAAUCGAGGAAUAUUUUUAAGUAGUAUUACUUACAUUUUUUAAUAUUAUACUUUUAUUUGUUUUGAUACUGGUAAAAAACAAGAAAAAAAAGUGACGAAAUACAUAUACAGAUAUGAAGAAAUUUGUUGAAACUGAGUAUGUAAUCAGACUCUCCGUUUUGAUAUGAACCAUGUAAGGUCAUAAUUUUGACAUGAACCAUGAUGAAAUUCUUGAAA